UUACAUAUUCCUUGACAUUUCUGAUAUCGUCUCGUGCUCCUUGUGUUUGUUGUUGCGCGAAAAGUCUCCAGAUAAUUUAUCAAUUUAUUCCCCCCAAAAUUGACAAAAAUCUAAUAAAUAUUUACACAAUCCUAGCUUUUUACUGACACUUGUGAGUACCUCGUGCCCCAGAAGAGUGAAAAUAAUUAUAAAAACAUAUUCAGAGUGAAAUUUCGACCAAAUGUUCAAUGAGCAGUAGAUCGACAUCACAUCAACACUGACUUGUGACUCUCGUCAUUGUUUUGAACAUUUUUUUUUGUGAUUGAGAAGGAGAAAAAUGAGUGAUGAUGACAGGGACAUUGAUAUCGAAAGCGACGAAGGCGAUGACUCCGACUCCAGACAGAGACAAUCGAGCAAUCCUCAGUACUAUUCACAGGCUGAAAAGAGGGCGCAUCACAAUGCACUAGAGCGUAAGCGAAGGGAUCACAUCAAGGACAGUUUUUCGAGUUUACGGGAUACUGUACCAUCACUUCAAGGUGAAAAAGUUGCCAGCAGAGCACAAAUACUGAAAAAAGCUGCUGAGUAUAUUCAGCAGAUGAGACGUAAAAAUUCGUCGCAUCAGCAGGACAUCGACGAUCUCAAAAGACAGAAUAAUCUACUUGAAUCACAGAUUCGAACUCUUGAGAAAGCGAAAAUAACAGGAAAUUUUGCUGCCGAAUCGUGUGAAGUUGUGAAAGCAGAAUCCGUUGGAAUCGGUAAUUAUAACGAUUCUGAAUCGGAAUCAUCGGACAGUGAAACGGGUCGUGCUAUUCGCCACCCGAAGAAACUCAAAAUAGCAAGUAUGCAUCAUUGAGAAUAAAAGUUCAUCGAGUUAUGAAUUUUUAAAAUGAAUGUGAAAAUAUGCGAUGAAUUACGUGAAUCUGAGGAGAAUCACUAUAUCUUGAAUUAACGUUAUUUUCAUAACGCUUUUCUGUAAAGAAAACUUUUGAAAUUGAUAAUCUAAAAACAUGUAAUGUAGAUAAUAAUUUAAGUGAAAAGAAUUAAAUGGAAUCAAUGUUUGAUUAGUUA